AUCAUGUGUUUGAAAAUUGCGCGUGCGCAGAACGAUAACCUACAAUAUCUCACAUAACCUCCAUGCGGCUUCAAGCUGAUUGAACGACAGGAAUGAUGUCAAGUUUAAUAAAUAAAUCAUUUCUGUUGUUACAUAGGUAUUCGAAACAGACAUUUAAGAACUUGCCACCUGAGAGUUUGCAAUGUUUCAAACAAUAUUAUCCACAAGUUCGAUAUAUAAGUAACCAUAGAAUUUUGUGUCAGAAUGAUCAAAUACACAAAUUGCCAAAAAAGAAAGAAGAAAUCUCACUUUUGAGAAAGUCACCCAUUACAUGGAGGAACUUGAUAAUUACAAGUUUGAUUGGAGGAAGUCUCAUAUUAUACUUGUAUUAUUUAGAAAAGCAAAAGGACGCACAAUUAGCCAAGGAAAGGAGGCGUGAGAUUGGAAAAGCAGCAAUUGGAGGAAAAUUUGAAUUAGUUGAUUCUAAAGGGAAAUUAGUGAAGUCUGAUGACUUCUUAGGGCAGUGGUUGCUAAUUUAUUUUGGAUUCACCCACUGCCCUGAUGUAUGCCCAGAUGAACUUGAAAAACUGUCUGCAAUUGUUGAUAAACUUGAAAAGGAAUAUAGUCUGAAAGCACAGCCUAUAUUCAUUUCUGUGGAUCCUGACCGAGAUAGUCCAGAAAUUGUAGGAAAAUAUAUCAAAGAAUUUUCUGAUAAAUUUAUUGGCCUUACGGGGACAAAAGAACAGGUCGCUAAUGUGUGCAAGGCCUAUAGGGUGUAUUACAGCAAUGGACCCAAGGAUCAAGACUCUGAUUACAUUGUUGACCACACAAUCAUAAUAUACUUAGUAGAUCCAGAUGGUUUAUUUGUAGACUAUUAUGGACAAACACAUACCGCUGAGCAAAUUAGUCAAAGUGUUUAUCUAAAUAAAACCAAAUUCGAUAUAGUGAAGAACGACUCUUGGCUUCCGUCGCUACCAUUUAAAAACACAUUGCAAGCAACGUGAAUUAUUUAUAUUGUAUGCAUUUCUAUAUAGAAAAACAAUCUUUUAAUAUAUAUUUGGUGGAUUAUUAAAGAAAACUUGUCAUGUUGAAUGGAA